ACUAUCGAUUUCAAUAACCUCUUACCUUAAUUUCAUCAGACGUUGUAUUCGCAUUUUUACAGUUAAAUUCAUAAAUUAAACAUAUAACGAUAAUGGAAACCAUCAAUGACGAUUGCUGGUUGGAAAUAAUCAACUACCUGAAUCUGGAAGAUCAGUUAGCGCUCUAUAAAGCCACCAAUGGCCUUUCAAAUCGCGUGAGCUCGAAUGUGAUAUAUUCCUGGAAACAUCAACUCAACUUUACACUUGAUGGAAACGCAUAUGAGAAAUUUGAAGAGAUGCCUGAAUUGUUGGACGUAUUUCUGUCCAACAUUAAUGACACAAUGCAGGGAUUGGAACUUCAAUGGGUCACACUGAAGUUUCUCUAUCGAUGGAAGAACUACACGUUUCCCAACAUGAGAACACUAGAGUACACAGUGGAUGACUGCGAUAUCGAUUGUGAUAAAGAAGUGAUAGGAAUAAUGACAGAACUCUUUCCUGGGCUACGUAGUUUGAAAUCCGAUGGUACUUUCUAUUGCGGCGCUCUGCCGAAAUGGACGCAGUUGCGUAAACUGGACUUGAGCGAAUGGUCACCAGAUUAUAAUACCUAUCGCAGCGAUUCUCCUGAAGAGAUUGCCAAGUGCAUGCUUAUGGAGGAGUUGCUUUUACCCGAUGGUAUUUGGGACUUUAAUUUGCAUCAUGACCUUAUGACGAUGCCCAAACUUCACACACUUACCAUAGAACUGAAAAUUGAUUUCAUUUUAGCUGAGAUGCUAGAAAAGCGUGGCAAGGACGUCCAUACGAUCGUAUUUAACGAUUGUAUCUGGGAAUUCAGCAUACCCACGUUGCGAAAACUCAGAAAUUUGCGUCAAUUGACAUUGCUGGACAAUGAUGGUUUCACCAGUGAAGAACUACGGGAACUGAUUGUGGAUUUAAAGCAGCUGGAACAAAUCGAUUUGGUUGACUUUCAGAUCUGGUCAAGUGAAACAGAAUUGUGGCAAACAGUGGCCUGCUGUCCAUCGCUAAAGAUUCUCAACUUAUCUGGCAUGCAGCUAUACGAGAAUUUCUUUGAGUUUGGCAGACGUGUCAUGGAGAAGACUUUGAACAAUCGUUCCCAUGAUUUAACAUUGCAUUGCCACAACACAGGUGCAAACGAGAACCUUAUCCGACAGUACUUUAAGCAUCCACGACUGAAGCUCUCUUUUGAGCCCUUGAAACUUCAUGAAGUUGAUACUGAUAUGCUACAAAUGCAUCUCAAUCCGUUGCUGCCACCCUAAAAGUUAAAUAUGUGAUACUUUUUGAAAGUAUUUUUUUGCGAACUAUUGUGAUAUGCUGUGCUACUUUUUAGUAAUCGCAUAAUAAAUGUAAUAUU